UUUCUGGUCGCCCUUCGCUUUCCUGGACAGCAGAUCGGGACAGACCACGUAUCCGCCUCCGGCGCGUGGGCGCACCGGCAACGCCUCCUCCCCGCCUCCUGCGGUCUUCCCGCACCAAGUGACGGCACUGCCCCGCCCACCUCGCGCGUCACGGCACAAUCCUUGAACUACGACUCCCAGAGGGCCGAGCGGCGGCGCGCGCUCGCCUCCAUCCAACUACAUGUCCCAAGAGGCAUUACGCGACCGCGCCUUCUCCCACCGCGCAAGAACGGAACCGCGUUUGCGUUCCGGCUGGUCUCUAAGUGAGCGUUGUGUCUGGUUGUGCUGCGAUUCUGUCCGGAGGCUUCUGUUACGUUCAUUUAGGGCCUGUGGUUGUGCAGGUAUCGCAGCUACACAGAAAAGAUGAGUGAGGAAUCCAACGAUGACAAGAAGCCAACGACUAAAUUUGAACUGGAGCGAGAAACAGAGCUUCGAUUUGAGGUGGAGGCAUCUCAGUCAGUUCAGCUGGAGUUGCUGGCUGGCAUGGCAGAGAUCUUUGGCACAGAGCUGACCAGAAACAAGAAAUUCACCUUUGAUGCUGGUGCCAAGGUGGCUGUUUUCACUUGGCAUGGCUGUUCUCUACAGUUGAGUGGCCGGACCGAGGUGGCUUAUGUCUCUAAGGACACACCCAUGUUGCUUUACCUCAACACGCAUACAGCCUUGGAGCAGAUGCGGAGGCAGGCAGAAAAGGAAGAAGAGCGAGGCCCCCGUGUGAUGGUUGUGGGCCCUACUGAUGUGGGCAAGUCCACGGUGUGCCGGCUGCUCCUCAACUAUGCAGUGCGCUUGGGCCGCCGUCCUACCUAUGUGGAACUGGAUGUGGGCCAGGGCUCUGUGUCCAUACCUGGUACCAUGGGGGCCCUCUACAUCGAGCGGCCUGCAGACGUGGAGGAAGGUUUCUCCAUCCAGGCCCCUCUUGUGUAUCAUUUUGGCUCCACCACUCCUGGCACCAACAUCAAGCUUUAUAAUAAGAUUACGUCUCGUUUAGCUGACGUGUUCAACCAGCGGUGUGAGGUGAAUAGAAGGGCUUCCGUGAGUGGCUGCGUCAUCAACACCUGCGGCUGGGUCAAGGGCUCCGGGUACCAGGCCCUGGUGCACGCAGCUUCAGCCUUCGAGGUGGACGUGGUGGUGGUUCUGGAUCAAGAACGACUGUACAACGAACUGAAAAGGGACCUGCCUCAUUUUGUUCGAACUGUGUUGCUUCCAAAAUCAGGGGGUGUGGUAGAACGCUCCAAGGACUUCCGGCGGGAAUGUAGGGAUGAGCGUAUCCGUGAGUAUUUCUACGGAUUCCGAGGCUGUUUCUAUCCUCAUGCCUUCAAUGUCAAAUUUUCUGAUGUGAAAAUCUACAAAGUUGGGGCACCUACCAUCCCAGACUCCUGUUUACCUCUGGGCAUGUCUCAGGAAGACAAUCAGCUCAAGUUAGUACCUGUCACCCCUGGUAGAGAUAUGGUGCACCAUCUCCUGAGUGUCAGUACCGCUGAGGGGACAGAGGAGAACCUUUCUGAGACAAGUGUGGCUGGGUUCAUUGUGGUGACCAGUGUGGAUCUGGAACACCAGGUGUUUACUGUGCUGUCUCCAGCCCCCCGCCCACUGCCUAAGAACUUUCUUCUCAUUAUGGACAUCCGGUUCAUGGAUCUCAAGUAGUCAUUAGCAAGAGCCUCACUUUCUGGACCAUGGAAAUCUGGCCAUCACCCAUGGCAGAUGGAAUGAGAUUUGGGGACGAGGAACAUCUCGUAGGAAGCACAGACUCUGCCUCUGAAGACAACGGUAGGAGCCAGACUCCUGUACUCUGAACCAAAAGGAGAGACUAUGAAGAGAAAUGGCUAUUUUUUUUUUUUUUAAGAUCACCUAAGGUGCCACUUUAAAUAUUCCAAGACCCUGGAUAAUUCCAUGUCUUCCACUGUGCUACCAUGAGGGGAUUUUUUUGUUACUGCUUUCUGGUCCACAUAUAGUUCCUGUUAUAUCACCAGGAUGAAAGUGAGAUAAAGUUCAAACUUGAAAAUAAUUAUUUUAAUAAAUAUCGUUGUCAUAUCAUAA